UCUAAAACCUCAUUUUUCUCUCACUUUCCCGCUUGUUUUCCGAGAAAAUUGCUGGGUUUUGAUUGGUUUUUGGUGGGUCUUUUCUGCUUUGGAAAUUUACCAUUUCCACGGGCUCUCUAGAUAUGGAAGUUUUGCUGUAGUACCAAGGAUUCAUGCAAUAUGCCAUCACAUAUAUAUAUCACCAUCGAAAUUUUCCUCCUUUUUCCUUGAUUCAUCUCAUCUCGGAAUCUCCUUAAAAGCUAAAAAUUUCUUACGUUUUCACCCUCCUUUUUCCAAAAGAAAAUCUGGUUUUUGUAUUGGAGAAUAUUCCAAUAAAAUGGGAGGCUGUUGUAGUACAGAUAGUCACCAUGGAAUUAAGAGAGGAGGGCUAUUUAAAAAAAAAUUUGUUGACAAAGAAUAUGAAGAAGAUGAGGGAGAUGAUAUGCGUUAUGGAGAAUCUGGGGCUCGUAUUAGGCUAAAAGGCUCUUCUGGAUACACAUCAAUGUACACGCAACAAGGCAGGAAAGGGAUCAAUCAAGACGCCAUGACUGUUUGGGAGAACUUUACGGGUGAGAAAGAUAUGUUGUUUUGCGGUGUAUUUGACGGUCAUGGUCCCUAUGGUCACAAGGUUGCACGCCAUGUGCGUGACAAUUUGCCCACAAAGCUUUGUAAAGCAAUUCAACUGUCAAAGUUGAAUAGCUGUAAGUAUGGUGAUGUCGGCGAUGAUCAUAAAGACUUAACUAAUAAAUAUGGUGAGAAUAGCAGCACUAAAUCUGAUAUUGACGACGACAAAGAUGGUCAAAACGACGAUAAUGGUAGUUUUUGCCUUUUGUCGCUUUCUUCAUCGGAAGCUUGUUUCAUCAAGUCUUUCAAAGAAAUGGAUCAAGAGCUUAGCUUGGAUUCUACCAUUGAUAGCUUCUGCAGUGGUUCUACCGCUGUAACUGUGGUUAAACAGGGAGACAACUUGAUAAUUGCCAACUUGGGGGAUUCUCGUGCUAUUUUAUGCACUAGAGGGGACAAGAAUCAAUUUGUACCCAUUCAACUCACAGUUGACUUGAAACCAGAUAUUCCAAGUGAGGCUGAGAGAAUUAAGAAUUGCAAAGGCAGAGUAUUUUCAGCCGAUGAAGAACCGGAUGUGUAUAGAAUAUGGAUGCCUGAUUGUGACUGCCCUGGUCUUGCUAUGGCAAGAGCUUUUGGAGAUUUCUGCCUCAAAGAUUAUGGCCUUAUCUCAAUUCCAGAUGUUUCUUAUAGAAGACUUACAAAAAAUGAUGAAUUUCUGGUCUUGGCAACUGAUGGGGUUUGGGAUGCCUUAACAAACGCCGAGGUAGUAAAGAUAGUCGCCUCGGCAAAAAAUCGCUCCAUGGCAGCAAAACUGCUUGUAAACCGUGCAGUCCACGCAUGGAAAGACAAGUAUCCCGGUUGCAAGGUCGACGACUGCGCUGUGGUGUGCUUGUUCUUCAAGGACGACCCAACUUUGCUAGUCAAAUCGAGCUCGAUGGUAACCCGCCGGAGCAGCAUCAUAAACGCCUCCGAGUUUUCACUUUCUCGUAGGUUUAAGUCCUUCAGAAGUGUGGGAGCUAAUAGAUAUUUCGAAGGAGAUAGUGUCAUUGUUGGAGUUGGAUCAAAAGAUCAGGAAUAUUGGACUGAUUUACAAGGAGUUAGUCGAGUGAACUCCAUAGUGAAGCUUCCUCGGUUCUUGAGUUUUCGGAAAUCAACUAGUAAUUUAGAGGAGGUUGAUGCUCAUUAGCAUAAAAUAAUGUAUUAUCUUUGCCUUUUGUGAGAUCACAGGGAAACUACAGUGUUAAAAGAAUUGUGCAAUUUCUUAUUGAUGAUAAAUGUCAUGUA